GCUGGUACUAGUACUCAAAUUUCAUAGAGCGAAGAUAUCAUCACCAUCAUCAUCAUAUCGUCUCCCACACCACCACUGUCCCUGCCCUCUCUGGAUCUUCUUCUUAGUGCCAACAUCUGUUGUCGUUGGGAGUUGUUCAUCCCCCCUCUUCUUCUUCUUCUUUUUCCUCUCUCUCUCUCUCUCUCUGGGUAGCUUAGCUUUUCGUUGGAAUAGCACCCCAAAAUGCGAACCACCAAACCAAACAAAAUAUAUAGAGUUAAUAAUAUUAAUUAAUUUUAAUAUCCCCCCUCUGCUCCCUCUCUCUCUCUCUUUCUUUCUUUCUUCUCGUCCUUUUUGCCCUUUCUCUGCUCCAAAACCCUAAUCCCUUCCCUUCCCUGCAAAAACCAACGAGGCAAAAGAGAUGGAGAACAGGAGAAAAGGGAUGGGUAAGUAGUGAAAAAGGGUUGGAAGCUAAAAGAAGCCAUCUUUUUCAUGAGAUCUUUAUUUCCCCAUCCCAUACCCUCCUUUCUGCUGCUUCCAUUUCUUUUCCUGCUCUUCCGUAGAGUAGAGCCACAAAAAGCUAUAUCAAACCCAGUUCUUCUGCUCUGCUUGCUUGGGUUCGUACACAAUAAUGGCUGCUAAGUGCUAUGGCUAGGUGUAGCUCUAGGUAGCUUUACCCAUUCCGCUAUAUUUGUGUAGCCGAGAGAGCAGAGGGACUUGCAGUAGCAGAUCAUAGAGAAGUGGAGGACUGAAACCAUAUAUUUUCUGAUGGAUAUGGGAAGCAGCUUUUUCCCCCUUCUUUCUAGUCUAAAAAGCUGAUCACCUCAUCCAUCCAAAAAAAGACCAGCACAGAAUAGAAUAGAGGCAAUUGGAAAGGAAGCAAGCAAAGUGGGAGAAAGAAAAAAGAAGAAAAGCAAGUGGCCGGUCGCGGUCUUCGAUUCCCAUCCUCUGGUAAUCUACUCAAUUCCACCUCUUCUUAGCUUCGUGGGCUGUCUCUCCCCUUCCUCUUUUUCUUCUUUUUAACAAUAAAAUCACAUCUUCUCUGUGUAUCACUCUCCUCUUUUUUUACAGAGCUGGGAACAAUGGAUUCAUCUGGCAACAGCAGCUUGCAAUCCUCCGCCAGCGGCGGAGACGAGGAAGAGUACGAUUCAAGACCAAGACCUCCUCCUCCGCCGCCGCCGUCGUCGUCGCUGCAACUAGAACACCAACAACAACAACAACAUCAUCAGCAGCAGCAGGCAUCACUAAAUUUCCUCAAUCCGUUCUCUUCAAAUCAACAAAACCCAAAUCCCCUUCUCUUCUCCCACCACCAAACAUCUCUAUUCGACCCAUCUCAAAACUUCUUCCAUCCCUUCCCCAAUCACCACCACCACCACCAACAACAACAUCAGCAACAACAACAUCAAUCUUCUCCGUCGCCGCCGGAAAACCCAUCAUUCCUCAACCUCGACAUGGUCCCCUCUUCCUCCCACCACCACCAACACCACCAUCAAUUCCUCAGAUCUGACCACACCAUGCUUGCUCAACAACCAUCAUCACCUUCUGCUUCUUCACUCCCGCACGCAACAACCGGGUUAAGAAACGCCAAUCCUCCUCCUCCUGCUGCGGCCACUAAUAACAAUAAUGAUCAUCAAAGCAGUACUAGUACUACUACCACCACCACCACCCACGGGUCGACCCGGAACCCGAAGAAGAGGACCCGGGCGUCGAGGCGGGCGCCCACCACCGUCCUCACCACGGACACCUCCAACUUCCGCGCCAUGGUGCAGGAGUUCACCGGCAUCCCCGCCCCGCCUUUCUCCGCCGCCUCCCCUUACUCCCGCCUCGACCUCUUCGGCUCCUCCUCCUCCUCCUCCGCUCUCCGCUCCGGGUUCGACUCCAUGAUCUACCCGCUCCGCCCCGCGCCCCACAAGCUUCACAAUCACCUCCCAUCAUCGUCAUCAUUCGCCUCCUCCCAUCCAUCCCAUACCACCAACAACACCGAUCUCCCCUCCGCCGUCGCCGCGGCGGGGAAUUUCCAGCUGGGACCAUCGGCGCAGAACAUGAUGAUGAACCAGAUGCUGUCGCUUCAGUCGCUGCUUCACUCCAAUGAUCUCCACCACUCGCUCAAGCCCCAAUCGUCGAUGAUCGGCAACGAUCAUCAGAUCGGGACGACGACGACGAUGGGCAGCGGGGAUUGGGGAGAUAGGGUUGCCCAGCCUGCCGCCAUUGAUGACGUCCGCAAUCCAGACCGUGAGAUAGGGAACAACAACAACAAUGUUGGUAUGGGUACUUACGACGGGAGUAAUAAUCAGCAGAAAGCGAGCUUCACGGCGACGGGAUCGGGGCCGGCCGCCGCCGCGACGGAGUUUAUUCUACAUCAUCAGAAUGUUUGAGGCGAAGGUACUGCCGUCGUUCUAAUUAGCUUGCUAAGAUGUAUAUUGUUAAUUAAAUUAAAUUAUUAUUGAAAACGGACGACUCGACUCGACUGAUUAUUAUUAUUAUUAAUAUUAUGAAUGAUUUAUUCUAUGGAGAAAAUUAUUUGGUGAGGAAAUCUUUGGGAAUAGUAGUGGUUGGGGAAAGUCGCGGAGAAAUUGGUGGUGCUGAUUCCGUUUCGGAUUUUCCCUUUACUUCUUCUCCGUUCAUUUAUGGAUUCAUUCAUCUAAGGCCCCCAAAUAUCAUCAUCAUCAUCAUGAUAUGAUAUGAUACCAUAUAAAAAAAUUAAUGUGGUCGAUAAUUGAAUUAUUAUAUAUUUCAUGAUCAUAUGCUUGCUUGCCUGGCUGCCUAGUUAGCUAGACUAGAUAGCUUGCUACUCCAUUAUAUAUGUGCAUUAUCUGUCAUGAUGAUAAUGAAUAAUGAUGAUCAUCAUUGCAUUUUUGGGUGAUUCAGUGUACUCACCGAUGGCCGCCAGUGUCAUUAUAUGUAAACAGUAGAGAUAUCUUUCUCGCAUUAGAGUUUUUCUUUCUCCGUUUAUGCUGGCUCAGAAUCUGUAGUGGAAUUCUUUUCUGGUGAGCUUCUGGGUUAUAGAAGAAUGAUUGGCUCAGAAUAUUAUAAUUAGGUGGAACAUGAGGUUUUUUGCUAUAUAAAAAAAUAACAUGGGGUUUUCAAAUUCAUGAUCUACAAGUGACUAACAUGUAUUAUUUAUGGAAUCAUGAGAUUACACAUUCCCUUCUUAUUAAAAUGUAAUUAAUAAGUUCACAAUAAGAUAUAUGUAAUUAAGUUCUAAAAAAUACAAUGGUGUCUAAUUGUGAAGUCACGGUGUUUGAAGAAUGUUUGGUCUAGUCUAAUGGUACUAUCACUGGGCAUGUUUCUGGGAGAUUCCAUAUUAAAAUUCUCAAGCAACAACUAACUAUAAAAACAUACUUAUAUCACCCUUGUAGAAGAAAAAAAUGUUUAAAGCAUAUAUCCUCAAUUAAAAUGUUAUCAAAACUAAAAUAAAAUAAAAUGAAAGGAGCUGGGUAAAAUACAGGCUUCUAAAACUUGUUAUUUUUACGAGUCGAACAACAAACCUCCCAAAUCGAAACACUUUCGCUGAAUAGACACGGUCCGUUUACGCGGGAAGUUAUGAACACUUGUCAACAAGCUAGUUGCGUCCAUGAUCAUGACAUAUACCAAACUCAUAGCUUAGACAUUGUAUAAGCAAAAGCAAGGCCGAUCGAUGAAAAGAGCAGCAUAUUAAUCCAGAAAUUACUCAUAUUAUACAGCACAGGAGAAUGGGAGGGAAAAAAUGGUGGCGGGCCAGUGGGUGUAGAAAGAAAGAUUUGGUGCUUGAGCGCACUGUGGUUCCAAAUCUUUGCUUUGGUUUUCUGCAUUUCAACCCUCCAUAUCAUUACAUUACACUCUAAUUUUCCCAUCCCAUCCCGAUCCAAGAACGAAACACGCCGUCUCCGUCUUACCGUAUAUAUUCCACAGCCAAGCAACAACAUUGUCUGUCUCUUUUUUUUUUAUGCUUUUCUUUUGUUGCUUGCUCUCUUUCGGUUCAUUUAAAACGCCGCAUUUGUUGUUAAUUACUUCCAUCCCUUUCACACUCGGGCUCACUCAACCUUCCGCUACCUAUUCUAUUCACUCCCGUGCUUUUUUUAUUUUUUAUGAAAUGAGUUUUGCUAAUAUUGAACGUACUUGUGAUUGUGAAGUAGUUUUGUUGGAAGUUUGGUGGAGAUCUUUCUAUCGACGACCACGGGGAUUUGUGAAACAACUAUAUUGGCAAUUAGGUCAUCUAAAUUUUUGUUUAGGUUGACCAAUGACCACAAUAUCAAUUAAGAUUAAUGGGGAAGUUGGAAAAGAUUAUUGACAAUUUCUAUAGAUAACAAGUGGUGAAUAUCGGUGAUAGGUUAGAUUUGUAGUGUAAGGAUGAUGAUCAUAAUAACGAUGGGAGCGAAGU